CACCUACGGGUAUAAAAAGACAAGCAGGCGUGAUGGGAGCGCAGACCGUCAACUGAAGAGCGUCCAGAUGGCUUCUCUGAUUCGAGUUCUCCUCGCCGGGCUCCUGGUGGUGGGCUUCGUGGUGGCCGCUCCUGUGGCCGACCCACAACAGGACGGUAAUUUUGGCUUCGCGAGCGACGGGCCAACAUACGACGAGCCAGUACACCAGGACCCUGCCAGUUCAUUCUACCAGCCAGCAUCCGAUGAUUCUUCCCAUGCUGGCCCCCAAGACUACCACCAAGACCAACCACAAUAUGAACCAGCAUAUGAACCAGCAUCUCCGUACGAUUUCCAAGCUGACGAGACUGCACGCUCGUCUGACUUUGACCAACCUGCUGGCCAAGAAGAUUCAGAGUUUUCCACAGCGACUGUCGCCCCGGAACAGGACGGCCAGUCCUUCAGCCAACCCUUUUUACCAGUUUUCCCCGGCCAUCAGGGGUCUGGCUCUUCCUUCAGCCACGACAACGCUGACCAGGGGGUAGCUAACGUGUAUUCUAGCCACCAGAAAUAAGAGGAACUUUCCCUGCCCACCAGGAGGAGGCGGCGGUCACCCAUCCAAGUAUUAACCAGACCCAACGCUGCUUAACCUCGCUGAUCGGAUGGCAAGCAGCGUAGUCAUCGUGGAGUCUGCCUCAGCCUUCCACCACGAGGAGAUACUCAAGACCACGCCUCACUCUUUGUAAGCUAAAGAAUGCUAACCUAAAUUAAGUAAAACACCAAACACCCUUCUGUUCCUACUUCACUCAACAAGCACUGAUGGAAACCUGCAAAUUGAGUCACAUCGCAGCAACACCAAGAGCACAAAUCGCUGCUUAGGAUUAUAAACGUUACCUCCCACACCCUUAAACUGCCGUGAGCGAGGAUCAAACAUCGGACCCAAUUCUGAAACACGCGCCGUACCUCCACUACUUUCAAAAGGCUAUAGUUGAAAUGACACGGGUUUUUAAGGGUGUCUUUAUGGUUCUGGUGAGAGAUUAACCAGAUUUCAACAUUAUGAGCUGAAAAAACACCCUUGAGAACAUGGCAGAUCGUCUCUGUGGCCUUUGAAAAUAGUCGUGAUGAUCAAGUAAAGCGUUUCACCACACGGACUUCUUUGGCUGUUAAAAUCGAGUUGCAUUUCUCAGCCGCGGGGUACCAAAGUGGAAGCAUCAUCAACCUGACCACCACACACCACACACAAACGAUAAUAAAUGCGUGUGUGUGCGUGUGCAUGUGUACAGUCCCGCUACAUACAUCGCUAGCUUUGUUUUGGUUCAGUUUUAAGGUACAAAUGUUGAAGAGUGUCUGCGGUACCCAUUCUAGCGCACGUUAACCGCAUAGCCUAUCUUGCCAUUCUAUUGCUGUUCAUUGUGUAUUAUGGUCAAUAUUUUGUACCUAGUAAGUCCGAUUGUUUGUUUGUAGUAGAAAUGCCAAGUGGAGCCUAUUUAUAUCGUUAUUGUUUUGUUAUUCUUUGUCUUUUUACAUGUUUUGUUACCUAAUUUAUCGUUGUUUUGUUCUUGUUUUGUUAUCUUGUUUGAAGUUUCCUUAUUUGUUUGUCUGUUUUAUUUAUAUUUUUUAUGUAUAUAUCCUUGAACAACAGCAAAUUAUUAUACAUCAUUAAAACAGGUUCGGCGAAA